GGACAACAUCUGUUGACUCAUCUCAUCCAGCUGAUCUGAUCUGAGCUCUCGCGGAAGUUGACCGCUGCGGUCGCAUGAGCAGAUGAAUGCCACAGCAGCUCUCACAUGGCAGCUGCGUCGGCCAAUCAGACCCCCGCUGCCUCCCUCCCUCCUUCCAUCUAUCUGCCCCCCCGUCCCCUCCUCCCCCUGCUCCCUCCCACUGCCACUGCACACCACCAGAGGCCUCUGCUCCAUCGCCACUGGCGGCCUCACCCGUCCUAUGACCGUUCCCACCUUCUUGCGCACCGACAGCGGCAUCCACAUAAACAUAGUGCAGCCUCAGCCAUGGCAGGCCACUCAGUCGCGUUAUGGCGGUCGGAGUGGCGGCCCUCUGAAGCGCAAGAAGAAGCCCCAUGACCCCCGGGUGAUUCAGACGGGUUUGGGGCACCGGAUGGAGUUCUUCUGGCGCAAGAGGGAGCGGCGGACGCGGUAUCCGCUGGUGCAGAACGUGCGGCCCAACCUGAUAUGGGACAGCCAGUUCAAAAGGUGGCUCGUCAUGUGGUACAAGGGGGGCUUCCAGGUCUUCAGGCCCUUCAACGCCACACGAGACAGAUUCGAAAGGGUGCGUGCGAUCGAUGCGUUAAAUGAGCAGAUGGAUGGACACGGGCACGGCACCACACACACCGAAUCAAUGAAUGGGGAUGGAUGGGUGGUCAUUGGUUUGUGGUCUGCGUGUGCGUGUCCGCCUGAAUGAUGUUGUCAGGCCCGGGCCAAGGCGAUGAUUCUGAUGCGGCAGCUGGAGAAGGCGGGAAGGCUGCAGAAGUGAGAAUUACACACACGGAGGGAGGGAGGGAGGGAGGGAGGGCCUCCACUUCCCUCCCUGUGUGUGUAGGCUGCCUGCCCCCGACAUCUGCAAGAGCGGCGUGCGGGGUGUCUUCUACGACGGCGAAGAGAAGCUCUGGAUCGCUGUGUGGAAACAAAACGGUGCCGCGGGAGGAGGGAGAGGGGCAGGUCGCUGCAGAUGGCAAGGUCACUGAUCCUUCGUCUGUGUGCCUGGUUUGUGCAGGAUUGCGUCGCUUUCGAUGCUUCCCUGCACUUGAGAUGGGCUUCGAUCAGGUGGCUACACAGACACAGAUCACAUUGCUUAUUGAUGUCUACGUGUUAUCAAUCAUGGCCAGUGUGGUGUGUGUUUCAUUCCUGUCUGUCUGUCUGUCUGUCUGUCUGUCUGUCUGCAGGCCUUCAAGGCUGCUGUGGCCGUGAGGCGGCAGAAAUUGGCGGAAUUCCACGAGUUUGUGCCGCAGGUGGGUUGGUUCUCGGACACACACAUGCAUGGACAUCCACAUCUACCCACCCACCCAGGGAUGCGAUGCCACUGAUCCAUCCCGUCUGCCUGAUUGAUUCUAUGUAUGUGUUUGUGUGUGUCAGCGAGAGCGCAUUCGAACUGGUCGGGAGCAGUACAAGGCCAAGGCAUCGUGAUGAAGCCUGCCUGCCUGCCUGCCUUUAUGUAUGUGCAAAAUCAAUCCAUGCACGACAGUCGAGUCAUCCCC